AUGUUAAAUCAGAAAGUUGAACCUCCUUUAGCAAAUAUCUACAGUCGAUAUGCAAGAGAUGAACCAUAUUUAUUUAAAGAUGUUUUCGACCAAGAUGCUAUUAUUGUUCAUGCUUCAUUUUCUGGCGCCCAAAACUCUUUCUUAUGCUUGGCAAAUGACUUUUACGAAAAACCUACAAAGUUAUACGAACCACCAAGUGGAAGUAUUUCAGACUUUCAAGUAUGGUUUACAACAGAUGGAAGAAAAAGAAUAAUUCCAUUAUACCAUGCGUUUUACUUAGAACUUAGUUUCAUAUACAACUACUAUCGAACGGUAAAAAUAUAA